AUGGAGGAAUGCCUUGAUCAGCAGCAGCAGAAGAAGAGCAGCAAUGGUCAGCUCCAGAGGCUCGAGGGCAUCGAGGAGGAAGGCGGCCCGGCCCCGGCGGAGAAGUGGCCUCCGACGACGGUGCGGGCGCCGGAGACCCCGACGGAGACCAUGGAGUUCCUCGCAAGGUCCUGGAGCCUUUCGGCCGCGGAGAUAUCCAAGGCGCUCAAGGUCCUGAGCAGCAAGGGCGUCUGCGACAUCCCCGACGUGGGCGUCGUCGCGGGCGCAGGUAAAGAGCAGAGGUCGCCGCCGCCGCCAGUUGACGCGGCAAUGGCGGUGUCGCAGGCAGGCGACGGCGGUGUGGGAGGAGGAGUGACGAGCCCGCCGUUCUCUCCCAGGGCCGGUAGCAUGGACGCGCAGCUCCUCCGAGCCACCGCCGCCGCGGGGAGGGCAGGGGGCGGCAAGACGACGAUGGGCGCGUGGAUCAAGGAGCAGAAGGAGAAGAAGCGCGCCGAGGCCCGGUCCCGCAACGCGCAGGCCUACGCGGCGACGUCCGUGGCCGGGGUGGCGGCGGCGGUGGCCGCGCUGGUCGCCGGCGCGGUGUUCUCGUCCUCACCCGCCCCUCCUCCUCCUCCCCCCGCCACGAGGGGCGACGGCGGGGCGAAGACGGCGGCGGCCAUCGCGUCGGCGGCGGCGCUGGUGGCGUCGCACUGCGUGGAGAUGGCGCAGGCGAUGGGCGCGAGCCACGACCAGAUCCUGGGGUCGAUCCAGUCGGCCGUGAACGCGCAGGCGAGCGGCGACAUCAUGGCGCUGACCGCCGGCGCGGCGACGGCGCUGCGCGGGGCCGCCAUGCUGCGGGCCAGGCUCCACAAGGAGAUCCAGGCCACCGCCCUGCCCGGGGACGCCGGCAGGGCGGCCCCGGAGCGGGACAUCUCGCCGCUCAUCUUCGUGUCCAGAGGCGGCGAGCUGCUCAAGCGCACGAGGCAGGGGAUACUCCACUGGAAGCUUGUGACGGCGUACAUAGACCCCAACUUCCAGGUGAUCAUCAAGAUGAAGAGCGCGCACAUGGCGGGCACGUUCAUCAAGACCAAGAAGUGUGUUGUGGUGGGCGUCCGGGCGGAGGUGGCGGCGUGGGCGGGGAGGGAGGUGGAGGAGGGGGGCCGGCGGAGGGGCUACUUCGGGGUGCGGACGGAGGAGCGGGUGAUCGAGUUCGAGUGCCGGAGCAGGCAGGAGCAGCACAGGUGGGUGCAGGGCAUCACCGAGAUGCUCAACCGCCGCGACAACAUGAACAUGAACAUCACCCACCUUGUUGUAAACUAA